UAGCGAUGUCACGAGGAGACUGGGCGGGGCGCGCCCGAACCCGUCGGCUCUCCUGACCCACACCGUUUACGUGGCCCCCCGUCGCGUGUGAUGAGUGCACCUUGCGUGGCGUCACCCCAACCGAUUGAUACUGAUGCCGCAACACAUACUCUCGUACCGAUGCCGCACGUUCUGCUGCCGCUGCUGCUGAUGCUGACGAUUUUUUAUUUUUGAAUAACGCCCGUUGUCGUAACGUCGUUCCCGUGGUUUUCGCCGACGCGAUCGUCUGGCGGGUGACCGUGUCCCACUGUGCUGCUGCCGCUGCUGCUGCUGCCGCUGCCGCUGAUCUCGUCUUCUGCGCUGUGUUUGUUGACUGUGUUCGCCGUGGCUACGUCUACGUUUCGUCCCUACGUCGGUUGGAUAAGAUGGCUGCCGCACAAUUCGCGGCCUUCGCCUCUUUCUGCACUUCCCAAGGGUGAAUUCGGAGGUUUGGGCCUAUCGUUUACCUCCCGCCCUUGCCCCCGACACUGACGAUAUGGACACAGUAUGGCCCCAGCAGCACACCGGCACACCUCAGGGAGAAGUCUUGUACUGUCGAUCCUUUGCCUCCAAGCUAUAUGUAUUCAGUUUACCAGUGAAUGCGACCAGACGUUCGUGAGCGCGGGCAAUCAGCAGAACGGGACCUUCCACGCACCCGAGUUCGUCAACACGAAGGGCCACUCGCGCCAGUGCAUCUACACCUUCCUGGCCGGUCCCGGCCAAAGGGUGGAGAUCCUGUUCACCCAUUUCGCGCUGCGCGGAACCCCGCCCGAUGGAGCUGCCGUGGGAGAUCUUCCUGCUUGCAUCCACGAGUAUAUGGACGUGUACUCGGAAGUCGUGCAUCCAGAAAGCGCGGAGCUGAUCAACAGCCCGUUCGGCGGACGGUACUGCGGCCCGAUACCGCCCCGUAGGCGCGUUUCCCUAUAUCGCGCGCUCGCCCUCAACUUCCACACCGACAAGAACGUCAGCACCGCGGACCUCUUCGCCGGCCGCUACACCUUCAUCAAUGACUCGGAAUAUGAGGUGGGAGUGCCGGUAACGAGCGGCGGUGGCGGCGGGCCCUGCAACUUCCUGGUGAAGGGCGCGACGAAGCCGACGGGUGUGAUCCUGUCGCCCACGUAUCCGGGCGCCUACCCGAAGGCGCUCAACUGCAACUACCAGUUCCUUGGCGGCCAGGGCGAGCGCAUACGGCUCGAGUUCCGGGACUUUGACCUCUUCUUCGGAGGACCUCAUUGUCCAUUCGACUACGUGAAAGUGUACGAUGGGCCGGACAACAGUUCGGCGGUGAUCGGCACGUACUGCGGCCAGCAACGUAACCUGGUGAUCUACUCGUCCGAGUCGUCGCUUCUCGUCACUUUCGUCACCCUCCCACGCACUGCCAACACUCAGAACAGAGGCUUCAAAGGCAUCUUCGAGUUCUCUAACUCUUUUACCAAAUUAGAUUUCAUAAGUAAAAACGAUGGUGUGCAUAUCCGCGGCACGGAAUGCGACCAAAAAAUCUUGAGCAAAAAGGAGUCAAGCGGCUUUGUCUUCAGUCCGAACUAUCCGUUCCCGUACAUGCCGAAACUGGUGUGCCGCUAUUUCAUCUACGGCAUGCAGGACGCACAGCACCUCGAACGCGUCAAGCUGGAGUUCCUUCUCUUCGAAAUACCAAAAGGCGCGAAGGGAGAUUGUUCAGACGGCUACUUGAAGAUCUACCUGAAGGGCCAGGAAACGACUGAUUCGUACGAUAAGUUCGAUCACGAGAUGUGCGGCGAAGAGAGCCGGCCAUCUGUCGUCGUGUCCGACGGUCCCCGGCUGGUGAUGGUCUUCAGUAGCGGUGAACUGAUGGGAAGAGGGUUCAAAGCCAACUACACAUUUGAGACUGAGUAUCGAAUUCCGGGCACGGCCUCCCCGGACGGCAGCUGCACGUUCACGUACCGCAGCACGUCGAAAAAGCGGGGCGAGUUUAACUCGCCCCGCUACCCCUCCAACUAUCCGAGCGACACCAACUGCACCUACCUCUUCCUGCCCACCAACAACGAGCAGGUCACGCUGGUCUUCGACAACUUCAAAGUCAGGGCCGACUCGGCCAACUCUACGAUUGGCUCCUAUGGAGUUCACAUUUGUCAAGAAGACUGGUUAGAAAUUUACAACGUGUACCGGGACGGCACCGAGAAAAUGGUCGGCAGGUAUUGCGGCAUGACGGCACCUGGUCCCAUCGAAUCCAAUCGGGGAGCGAUGGGCAUCAAGAUCGUGCUCCAUGCCGAUUCCGAAGGUGUUUACAGCGGUUUCCGAGCCAGAUACAGCUUCGAGAAUGCCAAGUCGAUAUUCGGCGAUUGUGGUAUGAACAUCAGUAGCGUUGACUCGGGCGUCAUUGAAAGUCCCCAGUAUCCCGCCAAGUACGAGGCGCCCACCAAGGGCAUGGCCUCGAAAAGUUGCAACUGGUAUGUCAGGGUCAGGCCGAAAUACAAAAUCCUACUCAAUUUCGAGAGGUUCGCCCUUGAGGGAGAACCAGUUAGUCGGGGCUGUCCAGCCGCCGUUUUGAGACUAUGGAACGACAUCUCAGGUCAACCGGUGGAGCUGUGCGGGGAAAAACCAGCCAGCGAGAAGUGGCAAUACGUUUCCGUUUCCAAUGCAAUUCGAUUCAGUUUUGUGACGGCGGACAAGGCCGUGGGAGCGGAAGGAUUCAGGGCGGUGUGGACGGAGGUGUUGGAAGGUCCAAGCUGCGACGAGUUCCAGUGCGAGCGCAGCGGCUUCUGCAUCCCGGACAAGCUGCGCUGCAACGAGGUCAACAACUGCGGCGCCGAUGAUUCCUCCGACGAGGACAAUUGCGCCGUGGAGGAACCACCGCCGGACCAUUCAAUGGUCUACGUGUGCGCCAUCGCCGCCAUCUUGAUCGUCCUCGGCACGCUCUGCAUCCUCUGCCACCGGAAACGGCGCCGGCGCCGCAUGCAACGAGGCGGCGGCGGCAACCACCACCCUCUGCAGAUACCCGUCCCGGCGGGCGCCGUCCGCCGCCCCCAGCAGUUCUGCGAGGAGCUGGGCGAACGGUUCGCCAGCGUCGACAGCGUUUGAUGUUGGCUUUUGCCCGCCGCCGCCCAACCACACACUGCCCCCGCCCGUCGCGGGCGCACAUGCCGCGGGCCGUCAGCAAUAUGCCGAAUCUACAGGGUCAUGCGCCAUCGCCGGUUGUUCUGAGUUUUGUUCUAUCGGGUUUUCUAUUGUUGUUAUUAAUUAGCUGCAACUCCGAAACCGAGUAACCGACGCGUUGUGUUGUUGCGAUUUUUAUAGCGAUACUGCCCGCGGAUCGAUGGUCGCACCCACACGAUAAUCGGAUGGUUGAUGGUGAGGUCCGUUCUGAUCUCAGUUUACAAAUUAAUUAAAUUUUGACCUGUAACAAACACAAGAAAGAAAAUCAAAGCAAAUACAGCUUCCCCUAACCUAAAAUCAAAAUUUUCUUACUUCGUACAUUGUACGUAAUUCAUAAUUAGCUUAAUAAAACUAAACAAUCGACACACAUUUAAGGGGAGAUUCAUAAAAAGGCCUCAAUAUUAUAAUAAUAUUAUUAUUAUAUUACCAAAGACAACGAAACCUCUAAAGUGCAGGAGUUCAUCAGAAUCGAUGUGUGCCACCUCACCAUUCACCAUUUAAUCAAACAAUUUGUACUGCACACGACAGAAAAAUUUGAAGUGUUCGUGUGACUUCAUUCGUUCCGCGUCACGUUCUAACGGCUCAUUCACAGGCCUACCGCGUAUGUUGUUUAAUUCUAAGGGAACGCCGCCAAAUCUCGAUGAAUUUUGGCAUAACUUUUCUAAGAUUUGUAAUUCGUAAGGAUUAAAAAAAUAAUGAGCGGGCACAAGUUUCGUCUGUUCCUCUCUUAGAUUUUAGCAAUGCCGACAUACAAUGCACAGUUUUGAGUUUGAACCAUUUGCGUUUACGAGGAUGGAACAGGACACAAGUAACUGACAAUCCAAAUUGACAAUAGGACUAUUAUGUGAAGUUUUUUAGUUUAAGGAUUGUUCGAUAGUUAAAGAUAUUUAUCAAUGUUAAGUUUUUAUUCUGUUAUCACAAACGAUUUAAUAAAAUAGACGCAGCAUCCACGAACUUUGCUCUACCAUUAAUUGGAUUCGCUUGGACAUUGAAGAAGGAAGACAAAAUAUACAACUUAUUCAUCUACAUAAAUUUAAGAAAAGCUAAUUAUAGAUGGGUAAAAAAUUCAAAAGCAAUAAUCAAAAUUUUAUUUUGUAUCCAUGUAAUGGUGAAAGAAUAUGUAACCUUUUAAGUUAAUUUCUUGUCCUUUACUAAUCUAAUAUCCAAUGAAGCGAGUGAAUCCAAAUUCCGAUGCUAAGAUGGGCGCUUAGUCACUGAGACAGGCGACGGAUUUGAGUUCUAGUCGAGUAAAAGCGAAAUAAAUGGGAAAAGUUCCUAUGGGACAGACGAAACUGGUGCCUUCGCUAUCAAUUCAGUAAAAAAAAAGGUUGGACAAUCAGUAACAAAUAUAUUGCUGGCGGUCUGGGUUGGCCGUGCUGAGUAUCCCCUCAUCCCCCCGGUUAACCUGUGGAGUCAAUAAACUGUGAAGAAGCGACACUCUUUCCGAUAAUAUUUUUAACAAUGUCGAUAAUCCAAUAUUUAAACAAUAAUAGUAAUAAAUCACGUGGUUAAUAAAAAGUAUAAAUAUAAAUGUUAGUGCGAUGUAUACGCAAGACGUAGUUAUUGUUUGUGGAGAGACAGUUCGAAUUGGUGCGGACCUAUAACACAAAUUGAACAUUAGUAAACAUUUUAAUCGGACACAAAUAUUAUAUUUUGUACGUCGAUAGAUUUUUAAAAAAAGACUUACGUUUCAUCACAAUUCGAUAUUUAUAUAUACAAAUUUGCAAUAGUAGUAGUUUUUCGCACACUAUUCGCACAAAAAAUGGAUUAAAAUAAACUAAAAAAUACAAAGGUAUAUUGAACUAUCGACGUUCAAACGGUGCUCUUGAUUUUAUUUUUACAACGAAAUAAUCCCAUCUUCCUUGGAACAAAUGGACUCUUUAAUAGCAUGGUGCACGAAUUUUAGACCCGCCAAUCCAAAAUAUCAGGGAAUUAUUUAUCGUAUCCAAUAGGCGAAGAGUUAUUCUCCAUGAUGUUGCUAAAUCUGAGUCAUCAUCUUCCAUCUUUAUAACUGCCUGAACUAAUCUAAUCCUCGGAAAUCUGCAAAAGGACGGGUCCAUCCGAAUUAAAUGCAACAGUGGAAGGGAAUGCGAAACAUAUCACAACACCACCGUGACAAAUUAGCCAAUUAUAAAUUAAUUAAAACCAAAAUUAGACCUUUAGUCCAUUGAUUGAUUUAAUUUGUGGACCCAGCGCCUGACGCUGGUUUUAAAACAAAUCACGAUAUGUGCCAUUAUACAACGAGGAUUUAGGACCGACAUGGAGAAGACAAAAUGAAAAAAAAAAUAAUUCCCAAAAGCCGAACGCUCACCGCAACGUCUAAAAUUCAUGGAUCGCAAUGUUUGAGGUGCCACGAGGAGUAACGAAGGAACGGAUAUGAAGAAUUUGGAGAAGUGCGUCACCAAAAAAAAAAAAUAUUACUGCCGUGUUGAAAUUUAACAAAAAUAUUUAAACGAGUGAAUUACGGUUUCGCGGGAACCUGCCCGUGUAUGUGUUUGUUCAAAAUAUUGUUAUUUGUAUUAAAAAAAAUUAUAAAAUUAGAGACUGACUUACUUCAACUUCGAAUAGGGUCAACUCUAGUACCGUGAUCAAGACACUCAUGCGUAUUAGUUAUCAUACGAAUUGUAUGCACUUGAUUUCAGGAAAACAGUUUUCGACAACUAUACUUUGAUGUAGUUACUUGUAUUCAGAUGUAAUUUUUCGAUAUAUGCUCAGUUAAAUUGAGUUUGACUUUUUAUUUUUGAUUGUUCUCAUCUGUGUUAGUACCAUUGUCAUUUUUGAAACUAUAGUUUAGUAUUGCUUCCAUAAGUGGGGUGAAUUGAUUGAUCUUUAAUUGCUAGAGGAAACUUUUGUACUCAGUUUAUUUUUAUAAAUUCAAUCGAAACAAAA